GCCCAACUGCAGCCAUUUCCUUCCUGACAGACUCCUGGCCUGCAAGCACCGGCAACUGCACUGCCCCGCCUUAUAAGUUAUCCCACACAGCCGGCAGUCACCACUACUGGACUCAGCUCGCAGCAGGGGAAGAGACCACGGACUUCUUCCAGCAACAAUUCCAUAGGAAAAUAUCCGUUUUGCGAGGAUCAGGCGACGAAAAGCAAUAAACCCCCCAAGCAUGUCGUUAUCCAGCAUUCUUCCCAGGCCAAAGGCACCAAAGUUGACAAAGUCAAAGUGGGCAAGCGACGACGAGGACGAGGAACAGACGCCGAAAGCACCCGUGAAGGCAGUACAGAGGGGACCACCGCCAUACGGCAAACGUGAUGGCUUUGUUCCAAGGACACCAGAGGACUUUGGAGACGGCGGCGCCUUCCCCGAGAUCAGCGUAGUGCAAUACCCGCUCGACCUAGGCCGGCAACGCAGCGCCAGUGCGAAACGCAUCGAAACGCUUCCAUUACAAACAGACGGCGACGGUAACAUCCGCUACGACCUGAUCCUCCGGCAAGGGGACAAAGACGGGAAGAAGAUUGUGCAUUCGCAGUUCAGUGAUAUUUUGGAGAAGGAUGUCAAGGAGGACGAUGCGUCGCUGGAACGGCCGGAUGAGGAUACAAUAAGGGAAACGACGGAGAAGACGAGGCUGGCGUUGGAGAAACUUGUCGAUGGCCGGAUAAAGUCAGCACAGCCUAAAUCCAUCGUUCAACAGAAAAACGUCGCCUCCUACGUCAAAUACACACCAGCGUCUCAAAACGGCGCACAGAACUCCGGGGCACAAUCCCGCGUCAUCAAAAUGGUCGAAGCGCCCGUGGACCCCAUGGCGCCACCCAAAUUCAAACACAAGAAAGUUCCCGUCGUCAAGGACGAGGCGCCGGUCCCCGUCAUGCACUCCCCGCCGCGGAAAGUCACCGCUGAGGAGCAGAAGAAUUGGGUGAUCCCGCCUUGUAUUAGUAACUGGAAGAACGCGAAGGGAUACACGAUUCCGCUGGAUAAGCGAUUGGCGGCCGAUGGGCGUGGCUUGCAGGAGAUCACAAUUAACGACAACUUCGCCAAGCUCUCUGAAGCCCUGUUCAUUGCCGACCGCCACGCGCGCGACGAAGUCAAAAUCCGCGGCGAAAUGCAAAACAAACUCGCCGCAAAAGAGAAGCGCGAACGGGAAGAAAAACUGCGUAUCUACGCCCAACGCGCCCGGGAAGAGCGCGCGGGACUCGUCUCAGGCGCAACAUCGUCCGCUGCUGCUGCUGCCCCGACGAGGGCCGAGCCGUCUUCGGUGCGAUCUGGUGCGGAUUCGGGGAGCGAGUCGGAUGAUAGUGUGGAUGAGGACGAGAAGAAGAGGGUGUUGGAGCGGGAGGAGCUGAGGAAGGAACGGCAACGGCAGCGGGAAAGGGAGAUUAGGAUGAGCCAUAUGGGGGCUGAGACGAAGGCGAAGGUGUUGAGCAAGAGCACGGACCGCGACAUCUCCGAAAAAAUCGCCCUCGGCCUUGCCCAACCCACAGCCUCCAAAGAAUCCAUGUUCGACCAACGCCUCUUCAACCAAUCCCAAGGCCUCUCCUCGGGCUUCAACACCGAAGACUCCUACGACCUCUACGACAAGCCCCUCUUCCAAGGCUCCACCGCCAACGCCAUCUACCGCCCCAAAAAGGACACUUCGGACCACUCGGGUUCCAUCCCGGGCGUCGCGACGGAGAAGAUUGAGCGGAUGCUUGGCGAGGGGGGAACGAGGAGGGGGUUCCAGGGGACGGAGGGCGGGAGGGACGUGGCGAGGGAUGGGCCGGUGCAGUUUGAGAGGGAGCAGGAUGUGUUUGGGAUUGAUGAGUUUAUGAGUAGUGCGAAGAGGGGGAGAGGGGAGAGCGGGAGGGAGGAGAAGGGGAAGAGGGCCAGGCGGGAUUAGGGGCGGUGGGGGGAUCGCUUUCUUUGUUGGACGUCACCUGUAUGGAGGUGUGGGUUCGAUGAUGUGUGUGUAUGUGGGGGCGGUCUGCAUGGUCGUUGUAGGGGCAGCAGCCGCGCUUCGGGGUUUUUAUGAUUGUGCAUCAUGUAUAUUUCUUUGCAAAAGAUAUUUGUGGCCUACGCCUCACUUUGAGAGCAGCCCCAUUGCGAAAACCGCAU